GGGGGGAAAAGUUUAGAGAGCAGCUGGGCUCGGGCGGACAUGGCGGCUCUCGGCGGCGUCGGCUCUCGGCCUCCCACACCGGCCCUCACCCCCACACUGUCCCCGGCCCGGACAUGGACACGGACCCUGGCUCCGUCCGCGGCUCGCGGGCUCCUGGCCGGCCUCGGCCUCGGCCGCUGGCUCACGGGUGACCCUGGCCGGAGAGACACGGAGACGGCAGCGCGGAACCACCCGGUACCCGGGGGCAGAGCUGAAGGAUCCCCAUCUUUCAAAAUACCAGGACACAAACCUUCGAAUUUUGAUAAAAAGUUUUUGUUAUGGACUGGUCGCUUCAAACGGAUAGAGGAUAUUCCAGCAGUCGUUUCACUUGAGACAAUUAGUGCUGCAAGAAACAAGAUGAGAGUGAAAGGCUGUUUUUUAAUGGUGGUCCUGUCCAUAAUAGGGUGCUUUGCAAUGGUUAUAUCGGGAAAGAAGGCAGCAAGGAGACACGAAUCACUGUCAGCCAUGAACCUGGAUAAGAAAGCCAAGCUGAAAGCAAGUCAGCAAGCAGUCCCAAAGAGCCAAUGAUGGAGUAUGGACUGAGGCAGAAAUGGAUGCUACUCAGCUCCAUGGCUGCGUGUGAACGCAACACAACAUACAGGCAGAAUACUUGUAUAGAACUGUUAUUCCCAGCGCUGCAGCUACACUGACUGAUUUUUGUCGUUAAGGAGUGAGAACCAUUUAGAAAUUAUAGCUGUUUUGCAGUGAAGUUCUACAACUGAAACUACAUGUAAAAAACAGAAAUAUCAUAGCAAGUAGUUUCCAAAGAAUAUUUGACAUAUUUAUGUUCAACAUUGUGUUUCAACCAAUCUAACUAAACUAGAGAGCUCUCAAAAUGUACGUUUCCUCUAAAUACAUUAAUUAAUCGGCAGGGAUAUUCCUACAAUUAUUUGCUUGUCUUUCUUAACCAAAAAUUAAAAUACUAAAUAAAAUCCACCUGUGUUGCAAU